CUGUGUGAACGCCCCCCAGAACGCGGGUCCUUCAUCGAGCCACUGGAGGGUGUCCAUCCGUCCUCUUACAGUACGUAACCAUGACAACAGCCCCGGAUGGUGGAGCGCGAGGGUAGCCAGGUGUUGGGUUGCGCAGAGGAAGAGACACCUACGCGAUCGCUCCGUACUUUCCCAUGCAUCCUGCCUUCAUCUUCUGCACGCGAGGAUCUCUGUCGGGAACCACCAUGGUGCAUCACUCUGGAUCCAUACAGUCCUUCAAGCAGCAGAAGGCAGGUAUGCACACCAGUAUCAGUGAGAUUUUGAAGGCGAAAACGCUAAAAUCGUCUCGCCGCAGUUUGCCGUGUCUGGCUCAGAGUCAGACACAUCCUCAGAACCUCAAUCACUUCCUCUCUGUGCCUCUGAGUCCUGAACCCAAAACAUACAGUCACAGCGUCAGUGCCUCCUGCACACACAUCACACCUCCUCCCACAGACACUAGUCAGGAUGUCUACAUGGAAGAGAGGGAGGUGGCGGAGGUUGAGCCUAAAACGGAUGAAACGUUCCUCGUCCAGAAAAAGCCUGUGUCCAGAGCAAAGCUAGAGGCCCGCACAGACUCCAUACAGGGGAACAAUCUAGAAAACCCCUCAGGAUUGAUGUUUAGAGAUGGGAAGAAGCGCAUUGACUAUAUAUUAGUCUAUAAGAAAUCCAGCCCUCAGGUGGAGAAGAGGUGCACAUUUGAGAGGAACCUGCGGGCGGAAGGGCUAAUGCUGGAGAAGGAGCCCUCAUUAACAAACAGUGAUAUCCUGUUUGUGAAGAUUCAUGCGCCGUGGGACACGCUGUGUAAAUAUGCUGAGCAGAUGAACAUUAGAAUGCCCUUCAGGAAAAAGUGUUACUUCACAGACUGGAAGAAAAAAACUAUGGGCAGUCGAUUUCAGUUGAGAUUUCGUCAGCUGAAGAGCUGGCUGCCCAGAAACCCCAUGAAACUGGAUAAAGAGGCAUUACCAGACCUGGAGGAAACCGACUGCUACACCGCCCCCUUCAGCAGGGCCAGAAUGCACCAUUUUACCAUCAACAACAGAGAGACGUUUUUCUCAAACUCAACCAGAAGCAGGAUAGUACAUCAUGUACUGCAGCGCACAAAGUACGAGGACGGGAAGUCUAAGAUGGGUAAGAAGACGGGAAGUUAUAAAAGCAGACAUCCGAUUAAAACCCAUGGGGCUCAAAACCACAGACACCUUCUGUACGAGAGAUGGGCGCGCUGGGGGAUCUGGUACAAAUACCAACCUCUAGACCUCAUACGGCGGUACUUUGGGGAGAAGAUUGGGCUGUAUUUUGCCUGGUUGGGCUGGUAUACAGGUAUGCUGAUCCCUGCUGCUUUAGUCGGCCUCUUCGUCUUCCUCUAUGGGCUUUUCACCAUGGACUCCAGCCAAGUAAGUAAAGAGAUAUGUGAGGCCAACACCACCAUCAUGUGCCCCAUGUGUGAAGGCAACUGCAGCUCUUGGACGCUGAGUGACAGCUGUGUCUAUGCAAAGGUGACCUAUCUUUUCGAUAAUGGAGGCACAGUCUUCUUUGCUAUCUUCAUGGCUAUAUGGGCCACAGUAUUCCUUGAGUUCUGGAAGAGGAGAAGGGCGGAGCUAACAUACGACUGGGAUUUGAUUGACUGGGAGGAAGAAGAGGAGGAACUACGGCCCCAGUUUGAAGCCAAAUACUCCCGGAAGGAGAGAGUGAACCCCAUCUCAGGGAAACCAGAGCCCUUCCAGCCCUUCACAGACAAACUCAGCCGACUCAUGGUGUCUGUUUCGGGAAUCUUCUUCAUGAUCUCUCUGGUCCUGACUGCCGUGUUUGCCGUGGUGGUGUUCCGGCUCAUUGCCAUGGAGAAGUUUGCUUCCUUCCAGUGGGAGUUUGUGAAGAAGAACUGGCAAUUCGCCACAUCAGGCACUGGAGUCUGCAUCAACUUCAUGAUCAUCAUGUCUCUGAAUGUGGUCUAUGAGAAAGUGGCCUACCUACUUACAAACCUGGAACAUCCACGGACAGAGUCCGAAUGGGAAAACAGCUUUGCCCUCAAGAUGUUCCUCUUCCAGUUCGUCAAUCUCAACAGCUCGACCUUCUACAUCGCUUUCUUUUUAGGAAGGUUUGCUGGCAGGCCGGGUGACUAUAAUAAGCUGUUUCACCGGUGGAGGAUGGAGGAGUGUCAUCCCAGUGGUUGUCUGAUUGACUUGUGCCUACAGAUGGGAGUGAUUAUGGUGUUGAAACAGAUCUGGAAUAACUUCAUGGAGCUGGGCUACCCGCUGCUGCAGAACUGGUGGUCCCGGCGUAAGAUGAAACGAGCAGGAGAGCAGAAUAAGAGUAAAGAAGAGCUGCCGCAGUGGGAUAGAGACUGGAACCUGCAGCCCAUGAACGCACACGGCCUGGUGGACGAGUAUCUGGAGAUGGUUCUACAGUUUGGUUUCACUACAAUCUUUGUGGCGGCAUUUCCUCUGGCUCCUCUGCUUGCUCUGCUCAACAACAUCAUCGAGAUCCGAUUAGACGCCUACAAGUUUGUCACGCAGUGGAGGAGACCGAUGCCCGCUCGCGCUACUGACAUCGGUAUCUGGCAUGGUAUCCUGGAGGGAAUUGGAGUCGUAGCUGUAAUAACAAAUGCCUUCGUAAUUGCCAUCACUUCGGAUUACAUCCCUCGCUUUGUCUAUGCUUUCAAAUAUGGGCCCUGUGUGGACAAGGGUUACCGACAUGAGAAAUGUCUAAGAGGAUAUUUGAACAACAGCCUGUCUGUUUUUGAUAUGGGUGAAUUGAAAAAUGGGAGUUAUCAUCCUCGAUACUGCAGGUAUCGGGAUUACAGAGCGCCUCCAUGGAGUCCUGAACCCUAUGAUUUCACCCUGCAGUUCUGGCAUGUUUUGGCUGCCAGAUUAGCCUUCAUCAUAGUAUUUGAGCACCUGGUGUUUGGCAUUAAGACCUUCAUAGCCCAUAUGAUUCCAGACAUGCCAAAAGACCUGUGUGAUCGCAUGCGCAGGGAGAAAUACCUGAUGCAGGAGAUGAUGUAUGAGACGGAACUGGAGCACCUGCAGAAAGAGCGGAAAAAGAAUGGCAAACGUUAUCACCAUGAGUGGCCUUAGCCAUGCCUGUCCAUAAAUACACAAAAAAUGCCCACUGGAGAACCACAUACACUACCCACAAAAGCACAUAAAGACUUGAGAGUGGCGAACAAGCGUCCUUGCAACAUGCAAACCUGCAGCACAUAUGUGAAUACGGACAUUCAUGUACAACCGUUCUGCUACCUUGGACAGCUAGCUUUAUUGACUCCAUGCAUGGGCUGCCCACUUUUCAUUGCUGUGACAAACCAGGGAGCGGAUUCAGCGUUUGGGGUCAAAACCUGAUCUCCAGCUGGCCCUUUAGAGCCAGGAGUUGGCAGCUGUACUCUGCACCAAAGAGGUUCUUCUCAAUCACAUGAUCCCUACCGGAGACAUCCGAUUAUCCUAUAUUUUCAUCCUGCUGAGUAGUUCUAAAUCUUUAGUGAUUGGCUACUUAAACUUUUGGCUCAUUAGCUAAAAGUAGCUAUGAAAGCAGUCUGGGAAAAUCAUGGAUUGGGAUAAGGAAGCUUGAGAACCACUAUACUAAAGAAAGUCAUGACUGGGCGUUUUGUCGAUAGAAAUGUGUCUUGAGGGUAUGGAAUGAAUGGGAUUAGUUUGAAAUCAAGCAGAAAUUAAAUAAAUUGGAUUUCCGAAAGCACAACUGGAUCCACCUGCCUUCUUAAUAGUCAACAAACGUGUGUGCCAGAGUACGCUGCAGAGCAUGAAGGAGUUUCUCUUCCGCAAACCACCGCUUUGUCCAUGUGAAGCAUCAUCAACACUGAGAUCAAUGGAUUACAGUGUUUUCUGACACACCGUAAACUCCAGUGUGUAGGUGGGAAAUAUCAUUCAUUGAACAUGCAUCCUUCCCAGCAUGGCCUGCAGUGGCGCUGCUCUUUCAUCUGUGUUCUGUAGUAGUUCUGAAUGGAGCACUUGUGCGGUUGGACUGUUUACUAUGCAGAUGAAGGGCUUUUGGAGUUCCUGUUUUCUGCUUGCCUACUUGUCUGCGUCUCUGUGCGUGGCAGCUAUCAUCCCGCUGUGAAGCAGUUCUCUACCUGGUGACCAGGCAACGUGAAGACGUUUACUUACGAACAUAUUUACCGAUACGCCCUCUCUCUUUGCUCUCACAUUGUGAUUCUUGUUACAAAAGUGGUUACCAAAUAAAAAUCAGUUUGUUUAUGCAAAUGAACAGUUUUUAUGUACUGCAUCGCCUUGAAAAGAUAUGCAGAUCUGUCUUUCAGUACAAUAAGUCAUUUUGUCUAGGCAAAAUAAAUAAAACAAAUAGCCAAUAUUGGCAAAACGGUGAUAUAAGUAACAUGCAUGAUUUUUUUUAAUUGCAUGUUGUUUCUUUGUUUUUCAUUAUUUUAUAAGAUUAUGUCCUUUGUUCAUAUGCCUGGUUUUGUAGCGUGUGAGCUGAAUUGAUGUGUGAGUGUGGCUGCAUUUGUUGCUCAGCUUGUCAUGAGUUUUGUGUUGCCAUCGGCCUAUGCGCAAGACAGUGGCUAUCUUUCGAACAACAUACUAGCAUCUCUGCAAUAUAUAGUAUGUAUGCUGUGAAUUUUCUGUAUGUGUAAAACACCCGAAUGAAUUACUACGUUUGCAAAAGUAUUAAGCAUACAACCUGAGUGAGCUGUGUGGAAUGCUGUAUCCCACAUUGCAAUGCUUUUGACUUAACCUACAGUACAAUAGAGUGAUGCAGUGAUGAAAUGCUUUUGUUCAGAAUAAUAGAACUGGAAGUGCUAAAAUACUUCUUUCCAGGCUUUGGCCUACAGAAAUAUGCCAUCCCUGUAGCACUCUAUUUCCAGUGUGAUUAAUGUACUAGAAAAAUUAAAAACCCUUCUUGAUUCAUUAUUUGAUUGGAACACCAAAAAUUGAUUAUGAAAAUGUGGAUUUACCGUUUUUAUUUUCAUUCACUCCCGAAUCAAUAAGGUAUGUAGCAACAAUGUAGCAUACUACUGUUUGAAGCAUUUAUUGUUGCAUAAUGGAUGCUGUUUGACAUACUAAAAUAGUAUGCAGUAUACAUACCGUAAACUGCAGUAUGAAGUAAGCAGUAAGCUAGUGUUCCACUCCAAACAUGGUCAACUACUGUAAAAUAUAAACAUCACAGCAUAUGAAUCUAUCCACCAUUAUCCAUACAGUUCAAGCUUAAACAGAUGUGAUUAUAGAAUUACCAUUGGGACAGUGGACAUGGAAGACAAAUUCUGUUAUUUUACAUU